AUGUCUACGACAGCAACUUUGAACAGGACGGAUGGCUCUACACACGCAAGCCAGUCGAGGACGGGCGUGCCGCAGACCGACGAUUUGCGGCCUUUCGAAAUCACCGAUUGGGACCCAGUCCCUAUACAAUCUCGCAGGAAGUUUCCUAAUACUACAUCUCUGGAAACACAGUAUGCGAAAGCCAGCAAGUCCCCCCUCACGCUGAAGACCAGCCCAAAUGACAUCUCGCGCUCGCCAAAUUACGUGACUACCCCCGAAAGGCAGCCACAUUCAGCAUAUACAUACAGCGCCUUUCCAUCCACAUCACCAAACUUCGUCAGAGACAGCGAGAGGCGGAACAGCACAUGGGCCGUCCCGCGGCGGCCCCCCGCGUACAACCCACCCAGCACCCCCCGCGACGACAAUGCGCGCUGCAACGUGCUUGUCGUCAGCAACCUGCCGGCGGAGACGUCAGAGGACGAGCUGAGGGGCAUCUUCGCCUCACAGCCCGGGUAUGACCGGAUGAGCCUGCGCGCGACGGCAAGCGGGCCGUCGUGCUUUGUCCAGUUCGACGAUGUCACGGCCGCGGCCAGGGCGCUGCGGAACCUGUACGGGUGGCCGCUCAAGCACAGCAGGACAGGCGGGAUCCGCCUGAGCUUUUCCAAGGACCACCUCGGCAUGCCGCCGUCCCGCCCGCUGACGCCCCGGACUUGGAGGCGUGCUCCCCCGCCGCCGCCUCUGGUGUUGCCUGUGCGGCCCCCCCUCCAUUCGCCCGGUGGAUUUGCGUCGGACAUAAAUCGUCGCCCUGUUGCUGUGCCCGAAUCUCCCACCUCGAGCAUUGAGGUUCAGUCUGUCAGCAGUGCAAGUGUCGGGGAGUCGGCUACAACACUGGUAGCGGACGAAAAGUUGGGUGAAGGAGAGCCUUCCGCAGAGGCAAAGACUGCGCCCCCUGCCGAUCCCCAAGGAGCGCUGGAAUACACUCCUUCUGAAGGGCUGCAAAUGCAUACUGUCAGAGGACCGGACUACAAACUUGACAUGUUUGAUAAUUAUCGACUCUGGCUGGAGGAGGCAGUUGAGAUGGAACUCGACUGGUACCCUCUCCCGCCGAUCAAGCAGCCGCUGAGACUAUCCCAAUCGCGACUGGUGUGGACGUACAAUGGAAAUCCGAUGUCAAUCUACCUGAGCGAAGACGAAACACAGCGCUGCAGUGGGUAUCUCGAGGAUAUUCGUGGGAAAUCACCAACCAGCAAGCCAGCCAUUCAGCAUGAAAGCCCCGACAUCACUUAUUAUCAAAAGGCUAAAGCUAUUGUGGAGGCCUGGGCUCGAAUCCAGAUCUUGUCUUGGCAGCUCUCGCGGGGCAGCAGCAAUGUCCGGGCAAGUAAUGCAUCCCCCGCCAAUGCCGGGGACACAAGGGAGCAGCUGGAAAGCCAUCUGUGCCUCGAAAAGUACCCAACGCCGACUCAAGAUGCCACGCUUUUGAGGCUCAAGUCCAUAGAGCACAUGGAGGACGACUUCGAGUUCUUCGUCCGCGCUCGAAGCAUGAUGUGUGAUGCAGAGGGAAGUUGGUUGCGGCAGUUGUUACCAUGGUCAUACCGCGAUGUCAGAUUUUCAAAGGUAUGCUUCGAGGCCACACUCACCCUAGCUGACGGGGAUACAUUGAAGGGCGUAGACUCAGGAGCACUAAAUGCAACGUAG